CGACGAGGGAUGGUUACUGAAGCUGCACCUGCCUCGUCUUCAUCUGCUGCUUCCUCCCGAGAAAAGGCGCCCGCCAGAUAUCACCCAAUGGAAACACUCCAAAUUCUCAACGACAGAAGCAUUUCCCCUCUUCAAACGACAUCUGCGCCGAGAAAGGGGAAUAGCCGUAGCUAUGGACCAUGAGCUUCAGACGUUCCUUGACUGGAGGCUUCAUUACGACCAAGACGGCGUCAGGUGUCCCAUGAGCGACCUCAUGGGAAGCCUCGAAACAAGUCUCGGAAUCUUCGAACAAUGCACCGAACCGUUGGCACAUGGGGUCUCCGACACACAACUUGAUGCCGUCACAGCGAAGUCGACACACUUACGACCCUCCAGAGCAAAGGCGGCUGUAGCGGCACGCAUCCAGCGCGAGAGUAUGGAGCUUUUCCAGUCCGCGUUCGAUGAAAUCCGGAGCAUCGCUGUCGUGUCCGGUUACAAAUCCAUCCUAGAUGUUACAUGCAGCGGAGAGCACCAGUGGGCGAAGGGCAAGCGCCCCGGACCCUUGAAGCCCAGAAGCAAAACUGAUUCUUUCAUGCUCAAACACGAGAGCGGCGACAAGCCGCCUUACGGUUGGAUCGAUAGGUUUACUAACGUCCUGCGCAAGAUGAUGUACGUCUCUGGCGAGACUGCCGAGCCGUCGAUUGAAACCACAAGCAUAAUUGAAGACAUUGUUCGACAACAAGUCAUUGAACUCCUUCGAAAUUGCACUGAGCUUGCAGCCCGUCGCGGCGCCAGAGCCAUUACGAUCAACGAUCUGAUCUUCCAAAUUCGACACGACCAAGCCAAGGUCUCUCGUUUGCGGACUUUCCUCUCUUGGAAGGACGUCAGAAAAAACGUCAAGGAUUCAGACGACAAGGGUGGUGAAGCUGAUCUUGGUGCCGGCGAAGACCCUGUUGGAGGCGUAGUUCCUGGCGGUCCAGUUGACGAUGCUACCAAGAAGAACAAGAAGGCCAAGGUUGGCCUCCCUUGGGAGCCCUCGUCGUUCUACAGUCAGGAAGUUCCCGAGCGCGAUGACGAGGAGGACGAAGAGGAGGAAGAAAUGAACUUCAUCACCCUCCAGCGUCUCCGCAAGGCCGAUGAGCGCACCAAGGCCAUGACGAAGGAGGAGUAUGUGACUUGGUCCGAAUACCGCCAGGCCUCUUUCACUUACCGCAAGGGCAAGCGAUUCCGCGAGUGGGCUGGUUUUGGCAUCGUUACAGACAGCAAGCCCUCCGAUGAUAUCGUCGAUAUCCUGGGCUUCUUGACUUUCGAGAUGGUGCAGACGCUGACCGAGCACGCGCUCAAGGUCAAAGAACAGGAGGAUCUGUUCAAGGCACAGAGCGGCGGCGAGAACGCCGGAUCGAAGAAGCGAAAGGUGGCAACUGGGUUGUUCGACCCGCCCAGUGAGGGUAGAAGCCCCAUUGAGCCUCGCCAUGUUCAGGAGGCCUUCCGACGCCUUCAGCAGCGCCCCAAGAAGACCCGAGCUAUGCUCAACGGAACGAGACUGCCGCAACACACUGCUCUCAAUAUUGUGAGUUGUAUUUAUGCCACAUGCAUGUUGUUUUUACUGACGCGUUCCUUUAGUUUUAAUCCUCAUAUCUCGGAGCGGAUAUCCAGGGCGACUGUGUCGGGUUGCCAACGACUGUGACAUCGCGAACUCGCUUUUCUACUGCAACGAUGUAAAGAUACCCACGGGUGGGCGAUGGCUUGGCGUUUAUUGGACUUGUGUUUUGGUGCACUUUAUGCGCCGUCUUCAGUCAGUGACUAGACUAGGUAGUCGCUAUGGUAGCUCAACAGAGCAAAAUGUUUAUGCAACGGCUCAUGGCGGUUCAAGUACACGUCGACAUGGAUGUGAACGCCAGUGCCCAUGUGCAUAGAUGGCGACUUCUUGGGUUGUACUUCAACAUACACUUGCCCGCCGGCAUACUCUCCAAGCUGUAUUAAAGUAACCAAGGCUGCAACAAGCUGCUCUACUCAACAUUUUUGCAGACAAUCUUACGAGAACGAA